AUUCUUGUUUUAUUUAUUUAUUAAUAUCGGUAUUGUUUAAUAACAGUUUAUUUUGUCUCACUGAAUAUAAUCUAAUUCAAUAUGUAAUUGAUUAUCCAUAUUUUACGAUUCUAUAAUAUAUUUCUAACAAAAUGACUAGCUUCAAGCACUUGAAGUACUUGUGUAGACUAUGUGCGAAAAGCGAUGAGUUUUGUAAAGAUUUACUAGAUGAAAGCAACAAAAAUGUAUUGAGUAUGAUAAGAGAUUUUGUGCAAAUAACUAUAAAUGAAAGUGAUGAUUUACCAACCCGCAUCUGUCUCAACUGUGAAGAGAAGAUGGUGUCCUUUCAAUUGUUUAUCUUGGAAUGUUACAAAGUGCAGGAAGAUUUUAGAAAACAAUUGGAUAAGGAGCAAUUAGACCUUUGUACUGACUUGCAAAUAAAGCUUGAAGAAACUGCUACUGACUAUGGAGCAUCUUUAAUAAAAUCAGAGGUUAAAGAUGAAUUAACUGCAGAAGAUAUUGUGUGUGCAAUUGCUUCAAAUGAUGCAUCACUAUCUGAAUUAGAAGCAGUGGAUUACAAUGAUGAUAUGGACAUGAAUGAUGAUGUAGAUGAUGACGAAGAUGAUGACUUGGAUGAUGUAGCUAUAGCAUCAUUGAAGGAUAUAAAGCAAAAGCGCAUCAAAAAGAAAGUCAUUUCAGAAGAGGACUCUAUAAAGUUUAGUCAGCUUUUAAAACAGCCAAACUUGAAAGUAAAAGAUUUUGUUAAUUUGGUAUGUCACCUUUGUGGAGCUAAGUCCAACACAUGGAGUAACUUGCGCGUGCAUUACUUCAACAAUCAUAGAAGCAAAGUGGUUGCCUACUGCCUAUGUGGAUAUGCAAUAAGAUCUAAGAGUGUUCUCUAUAAGCAUUUUUCUCAGCAUAAGUUGGAAAGUAGAAAAAUAAGAAGUGCUGAAAAUUUACUUGAAGAAAGAGCAGAAAAAUCUCAAUAUUCAGAUCUCAAAAUUAAUAACUUUGUGAAUUUCAAUUGCAAUGCCUGUGAUAAGGUGUGUUCCAGUUGGUACAGUCUGAAGUCACACUGUGAGAGAGCUCACAAAAUUCUGCCUGUAGUGCACUGUGUUUGUGGCAUUGCUCUCAAGUCCAAAUCAGUUCUCUACAAACAUAUAAAUGAUCACAAAAAUCCAAAUGUAUUAUCCUGUGAUAAAUGCCCUCGAAUAACGAAGACCUUGUCAGCGUUAAACAAACAUAAAAUGAGACAUGUCCCCAAAUCCGAACGAAGAUUUACGUGCGAUUCUUGUGACAAAAUAUUUACUACGAAAGAUGCGUUAAAAUCGCACGAACGGUCCCACAUUCCAAUAGAAGAUAGGAAAAUUUACCAUUGCGGUAUUUGUAACAUGAAGUUCACAACUCGGUCGUCAGCGGCGUCGCACAAACGCGUGGUGCACGACAAGAUAAAGAGUUACGUGUGCGACCUGUGCGGGUACGCGUGCGGCACCAACGGCGAGCUGCGGCAGCACCGCGCCAUACACUCCGACGACAAGCCCUUCGUGUGCAGGAAGUGCUCCAAGCCUUUCAAAACAUACUCGAAUCUCAAAACGCACAUGGACAUCCACGAAGAGACUUCGUACCCGUGUUACGUGUGCAACCGCGUGCUGAACAGCCGCCGGACGCUGAGGAAGCACCUGCUCGUACACGAAGACAAGUGCCGGCAUGUUUGCUCGUAUUGCAACAAGGCUUUCAAGAGGAGGCAGACGUUGAAGGUCCACAUGUACACUCAUACGGGCGACAAGCCGCUGACGUGCAAAUGGUGCGACGAGCGAUUCGCGUACGCGUCCACGUUGCGGUCGCAUCGCCUGCGCUGCCACCCAGACAAGAUGGCGGCGCAGAUGAACGAGCAGUACGUCUACCGCCACGUCAACAUCAUGCAGCAGGAUUACAUCAAAGCUGACGUCGCCGCGAUGAACGCGAAAAAUGAAGUAGAGGCUAUUUAAAGAAUAAGUUUAGUAUUCCGCCAGCUGAUUCUAUGUAAGGUAUUAUAAUUUUUACAUGUUAAUAUAGCCUUUUUGGUUUCAUUGAUAAUAAAUAAUUUAUCGCAA